AUGUCUUUCUUUCUUUCUUUCUUUCUUUCUUUCUUUCUUUCUUUCUCCUUAUAUUAUUGUUAUUUGCAUAUCUAUCUAUCUAUCUAUCUAUCUAUCUAUCUAUCUAUCUAUCUAUCUAUCUAUCUGUCUUUCACAUCUAUCUAUCUAUCUAUCUAUCUAUCUAUCUAUCUAUCUAUCUAUCCAGCUUUUCGCAUCUAUCUAUCUAUUCAUAUGUAUCUCAAUCUUUUAGCAUCUAUCUAUCUUUUCUUAUCUAACUAUCUAUUCAUAUGUAUCUCACUAUUUUCGCAUUUAUCUAUCUAUCUAUCUUUUCGCAUCUAUCUAUCUAUUCAUAUGUACCUCAAACUUUUCGCAUGUAUCUAUCUAUCUAUCUAUCUAUCUUUUCGCAUAUAUCUAUCUAUUCAUAUGUAUCUCAAUCUUUUCGCAUCUAUCUAUCUUUACGCAUCUAUCUAUCUAUUCAUAUGUACCUCAAUCUUUUCGCAUCUAUCUAUCUAUCUAUCUAUCUAUCUAUCUAUCUAUCUUUUCGCAUCUCUCUAUCUAUUCAUAUGUACCUCAAUCUUUUCGCAUCUAUCUAUCUAUCUAUCUAUCUAUCUAUCUAUUCAUAUGUACCUCAAUCUUUUCGCAUCUAUCUAUCUAUGUAUGUAUCUAUCUAUCUAUCUUUUCGCAUCUAUCUAUCUAUUCAUAUGUACCUCAAUCUUUUCGCAUCUAUCUAUCUAUCUAUCUAUCUAUCUAUCUAUCUAUCUAUCUAUCUUUUCGCAUCUCUCUAUCUAUUCAUAUGUACCUCAAUCUUUUCGCAUCUAUCUAUCUCUUUUUCGCAUCUAUCUAUCUAUUCAUAUCUCAAUCUUUUUCGCAUCUAUCUAUCUAUCUAUCUAUCUAUCUAUCUAUCUAUCUAUCUAUCUAUCUAUCUUUUCGCAUCUAUCUAUCUAUUCAUAUGUACCUCAAUCUUUUCGCAUCUAUCUAUCUAUCUAUCUAUCUAUCUAUCUAUCUAUCUAUCUUUUCGCAUCUAUCUAUCUAUUCAUAUGUAUCUCAAUCUUUUCGCAUCUAUCUAUCUAUCUAUCUAUCUAUCUAUCUAUCUAUCUAUCUAUCUUUUCGCAUCUAUCUAUCUAUUCAUAUGUAUCUAUCUAUCUAUCUAUCUAUCUAUCUAUCUAUCUAUCUAUCUAUCUAUCUAUCUAUCUAUUCAUAUGUAUCUCAAUCUUUUCGCAUCUAUCUAUCUAUCUAUUCAUAUUCUCUGUUUUGGUUAUAAAUUAUGCAAGUCCGCGAUCGGCCUGGCAAGUCACCUUCGGGAUCAUGGACGAGAGAGGUUCGAUCUAUCUAUCUAUCUAUCUAUCUAUCUAUCUAUCUAUCUAUCUAUCUAUCUAUCUUAGUCACUCUCUCUCUCUUCCGUCUUUCUUUCUCUUCUUUUCUCUUCUCUCACACUCUAUCGCCUCUCUUCUCUCUCUCUCUUCCGUCUCUCUUCCGUCUCUCUUGUCUCUCUUCCGUCUCUCUUCUCUUGUCUCUCUUCCGUCUCUUUUCUCAUCUCUCUCUUUCUUCCGUCACUCUUCUCUUGUCUCUCUCUUCCGUCUCUCUUCUCUCUCUAUUCCGUCUCUCUUCUCUUCUCUCUCUCUUUCGUCUCUUUUCCCUCUUCUCUCUCUCUCUUUCGACUCUCUCUUCUCUCUCUCUCUCUUUCGUCUCUCUUCUCUCUGUCUUCUCCUCUUUUCCUUUCUCUCGUCUCUCUUCUCUCUUUCUUCCGUCUCUCUUCUCUCUCUAUCUAUCAGCUUAUAUUGA